CUACUGUUUGGGAUUAACAAAGAAUGAAUGAAUUAGAAUGAAGAACACGAUGGAUCUGAUUGUUCCGGUAUGGAUUAUUUUGGCAGUUAUCCCUUUAGCUAGUGGACUACAAUGCUAUACCUGCACGAACGUGAAUCAUUUUAACUGUGACGGAGAAAAUGAUGCACAGGACUGUAUAGAUGGCGUGCACAAUUGUUGUCAGGCAGAGACUGUCAUUUUUGAUAAAUAUCGCCAAUACAGUAAGAGAUGUGCACGAUACGAGGCCUGUAUUCUGAUCGAGACAAACUGGCUGAAUAAUGGACUAUGUACGGGGGAGGUAGGAUCCCAGUGUCUGAAAUGCUGCAAUGACACCCUAUGUAAUGGACCCGACCCCACUGACAUUCUAUCUUCGGGGGUGAGAUGGUAUACACACCCCAGGGACAUUCUUCCAUUUGAAAUUUUGUACUUAUUAUAUUCAGUGUAUGGAAUGCUGCAAUGACACCCUAUGUAAUGGACCCGACCCCACUGAGAUUCUAUCUUCGGGGGUGAGGUGGUAUACACACCCCAAGGAAUUCUUCCAUUUCAGGGAACUUUGUACUUAUCAUAUUCAGUGUAUGAAAUGCUUCAAUGACACCCUGUGUAAUGGACCCGAGCCCACUGACAUUCUCUAUUCAGGGGGGAGGUGGUUUGCAUACCCAGGGGACAUUCUUACAUUUGGAAUUUUGUACUUAUUAUAUUGAACGACGUAUUACUAACCAAUAUAAAGAAACUAUGUAGGUGAGUUAAAUGUAAACAGGCGAGGCAGGUUAGUCCUAUGUUUUCACGGUGAGCAAACAUUUAUCCCAGGAGGAUGUCUGUAGGUGAAAAUACAUCUACACCAAAGUCUCUAAUUAGCAUAUCGACACCAAUUACUUGGACAGUUAAUGCUCUUGAAGUAUUUUUUCAAUUAUCAAUAUUUUGAUGACAAAUGAAAGUGGGUCAAACAAGUGUCAACUUAGAGACAAAUACGUGGAAGAAAACAGCAUCUUUGCCGAAAGUGAAGGUAAUGUCCCUCUCUCCCAUGCUACAAAGAUCGCAUUAUUAGAUAUAGACAGAUAUGGAUAUGGACAUUUUACUUCUUGUAUGUCGGAGAACAAUUAAUUUCAACUUCGAAAUGUGGUAUACUGCAGCAAAGAGUAUGCUUAUAGCGCAUAGCCCCUUUACCGUCAAAAAGUAUUUGGAUCCAUUUUGAGAUGUGGUGUCUGGAAAGUAGGUCAAAACUAAAAAAUCUCCAAAUUUAACGCGUUGGUUAUGUAGUAAGGGUAGAAUUCUACAAGGAGUCUAGUCUAUUCGAUCAGGGAAAUUGAACACUAAAGACACUUUUUUCAUAAUAAUUUAAUUAUUUAAACAUAUACCACAUACAAUAAAUCAAAUAAUAAAGUUUGACAAGGUCAAAACAACACAUCCUCCUAAUCAGGU